CUUUCGAUCCUCAUGAUUUCUCACAUCAAUCAAACUCAAAGCCGGUACCAAUUCUGAGUUUGCUCUCUCUCAAGUUUCUUCGAUCAGUACAAGAUUUGAACAUGGGUGUGACAACUUACGAGCAUGAAGAUGUCUCCUCAAUCCCACCACACAGGUUGUUUAAGUCACUCGUUCUUGAUUCCGACAACCUCAUCCCUAAGGUCCUCCCACAGGCCAUCAAGAGUUGUGAAACCCUUGAGGGCGAUGGAGGUCCUGGAACCGUCAAGUUGUUAACUUUUGGCGAAGGGAGUCAAUACAAGCAUGCGAAGCACAGAAUCGAUGAAAUUGACGAGAAAAAUUACGUGUUCAAAUACACGGUGCUAGAAGGUGAUGCUUUUGGAGACCAGCUUGAAUCGAUCUCCAACGUUGUGAAGAUUGAGGCGGGGCCGGACGGAGGAUCCAUCUGCAAGACCGUCAGCACAUACCACACCAAAGGAGAUCACCACAUCGCAGAAGACAAGAUCAAGGAAGGCAAAGAGAAGGCAAAGGCAAUCUUCAAGGCAAUUGAGGCUCACCUCCAUGCACACCCUCAUGAAUACAACUAAAUUAAUUAAAACCACGCUUUUUCUUAUAUAAUCCCCCGAAUUAAAUAAAGUGUGUCGCUACAUAUGAAAGUGUUUUUUAAA